AAAAUCCAUUUAACAGUCAGCUUGAGUUGAAAGUGUAUGUAACAAAGAAAAAUGAACGCUUUACUUGAUUUCCUUUGGCUUUUAGUCAUCAUAAUCUAUUCUUAUCUGGAGUCUUUGAUUAAACUUUUCAUUCCUGUGAAGAGAAAAUCUGUCAGUGGUGAAAUUGUACUUAUCACAGGAGCAGGACAUGGCCUUGGAAGACUCACAGCUUAUGAAUUUGCCAAGCGUCAAAGCAAACUGGUUCUCUGGGAUAUAAACAAGCAUGGUGUUGAAGAAACAGCUGAAGCAUGCAGAAAGCUGGGAGCCACAGCUUAUACAUUCACAGUGGAUUGCAGCAAUAGGGAUGAAAUAUACAGCACUGCAGAAAAGGUGAAAAGAGACAUUGGAGAUGUGACUAUCUUGGUAAAUAAUGCUGGAGUGGUAGCAGCAGCAGAUCUACUUUCUACUCAGGACAAGCAGAUCCAAAAAAUAUUUGAGGUCAACAUUCUGGCUCAUCACUGGACAGCAAAAGCCUUCCUGCCAGCAAUGAUGGAAAAAAAUGAGGGCCAUAUUGUCACAGUUGCAUCAGCUGGUGGGCACAUAACUGUUCCUUUCCUGGUUUCUUACUGUUCAAGCAAGUUUGCAGCUGUUGGAUUUCAUAAAAGUCUAACUCAAGAAUUGUCUGCAUUGGGAAAAGACGGGAUCAAAACCACAUGCCUUUGUCCAGUUUUUAUAAACACUGGCUUUAUAAAACGUCCAACUUCAAGAUUACUGCCUCUUCUGGAGCCUGACAGAGUUGCAAAGAAACUCAUAGAUGGAAUACUUUGCAACCAAAAAAUGAUAUUUGUCCCACCAUUUGCGAAAUGCAGCCUGUUCCUUGAAAGAAUUCUACCGGAGCGUGCCUUGAAGACUGUGGAGAAGUUCUUAAAAGUACAAUUUGAUGCAGUUGUUGGAUAUAGUAGAAAAGAAAAUUAACAGACUGGGGUGAAAUGGUCUAGUAAUUGCGUGCAAUGUGUGAUGAAGUUUCUUAACACAGCUUUUAAAAUACCUAGUCUAAAGCAAAAUAACAUGCAGAAGGAAUCCCAUGGA